AUGACCCUUUUCCAACGACUUGCUAAUAAAGAAUUUAAUGAUGAAGAUACACAAAUUAUCGAAAGACUUUGUGAAUUAGCCAAAACAUCAGUAGAAGUAGCUAUAAGUCAAAUGUUUCUCUAUUUACCCGAUUUAUUUCGUAGUUGUCAAGAACAAUUCUUUGCCGCAUUCACUGAUAUUAAUCAUCGAGCUCAACGAGAUACCUAUCAAGUUGGUUCUAUACGUCCUAGAUAUACAUGGCCAAUAUCAUUUCCUACUUGUACAUCUAAUCUACCUAAUACAGGAAAAACAACGUUUGCUCGGCCGUUAUCAAGCUUUUAUAAUUAUUAUUAUGGUGAUGAAUGGGAUCCUGAAACUUUGAAUCCAUAUGCACACUAUACCAUAUAUGAUAAUAUACUAUGGGAUGAGUUUGAAAAUAUCGGUUAUCCGAACGAGAAACAUCUUUUUCUUCAAGCUGGUCGAAUUCAUACAAUUACCAACCGUGGCAAACCAGCUAUAGUUGAAGUCUAUCAACCGGCUAUUGAAAUUCUUAAACCUGAAAAUCAAGGUUCAUUAAAAGAUAUAUCAUGUACGAUCGAUCAAUAUGAUGAUGAUAAUGAUAACAAUUUCUGGAAUCAACAUGCUUGUAUUUAUCGAAUGAAAGAUGAUGAAUCAUUUUAUACACCUUAA